AGUUUGCAGCUCUGAAAAAGCUGGAUUUUGGAUGCUCCAAAAUGGRUAUAACUGUCAACUUUCGACUAAUUACUGUGGAGCCUGUCUUGUUUCUCUACAUGUUUUGCACUUUUAUAAAUUUACCAGUUCUCCAACAGCUAGCAUACCACAAGAUAUGCAAUCAAGAGUUCAAUGACACCGUGUGCAAGAACCUCACUGAACAACAACAGAAUACAGUACAGGAAAAGACGUCUCAUUGGAUAUUAUAUCAGUCUAUUGCACUAACAAUCCCGUCCAUGUUUUCUUGUUUGGCUUUUGGUUCGUGGUCUGAUUCAGUUGGACGAAAAUCAAUCAUGAUAUUACCUCCCAUAGGAUUCGCAUUGUCAGCCAUUAACUUUCUUCUGAAUAUCUACUUCUUUCAAAUUGACGUGAACUAUCUUUUGAUUGGGAUUGUUGUUUCUGGUUUGUUUGGAGGAUUUGCUACCAUUCUUUCUUCAGUAUUUUCCUAUAUGAGUGACAUAACAGASAAAWCUAGUCGUACACUUCGCAUAGGUAUCCUGGAAUCGAUGGUUUUCCUUGGAGCAAGYACUGGAGAACUUGUAGCUGGAGUUUUGCUAGACCAUUCAGGGUUUAUGGCUACGUACAGUGUAAUACUAGGUAUCAAUGUAUGCAUAGUAUUAUACAUUGCAAUUGUACUUCAGGAAUCAUAUUAUCCACAAGGAGAGUUGAUAAUCCGUCAAACACUUCUCAGAAUUCAUAAACAUCUGAGCCAUGUUUGGAAAGUGCUUUUUAAACCAAGAAAUGAUAGUAUGAGAAUGCUUCUUCUUGUUGGCCUUUUUGGAAUCUUUUCACCUACUCUCAUUAGUUUCAGUGGUUUCAAUGAUAUCAGCUUACUUUACGUCAUGAAGAAACCACUACAUUUCUCAUCAUCCUACAUUGGCUACUUUCUGUCAGAAGUAUACUUUGUUAAGGGGGUUGGUGUGGUUUUUGGAUUGCCAGUCUUGACCAGGAAACUUAAAUUGUCUGAUCCUAUCAUUGGUAUYAUUGGAUUGAUCUCAUCUUGUUCUAUGUACAUUUUCUUUGGCUUCUCUGCCCAUAAGUGGAUGAUGUUUGUUGGUGCUAUACUGGGAAUAGCAGCUGGUAUGACGAUUCCUUCAAUGAGAUCCCUCAUGUCAAAGUGUGUACAACCAAAUGAACAAGGUUCCAUGUUUGCAGCAAUUGCAUGUGUUGAGGUUUCAUACACYGUUUUAGCAUCUGUAAUCUUCAACUCAUUGUACAGUGCUACUGUUUCCUGGAUGCCAGGGUUUUCUUUCUUCUURUUGGCAGGAUUYGUCCUGAUUCCAGCCUUCAUUCUCUUGUAAGUAUCUUUACUGUCACACUCAAUUAUAUGGAAAAGGAUUGCACAGCCAGGGGGAGUAAGUACUGCUUGUCAGUCAAUCAUAUGAUCAGUCCCAAGGGGGAGCGAAUAGGAUCCCAUUAUGAAUCCAGAGGGAUAAGAUAAAGAGUAGAUUGAGGUGRAUGAUGAAGGGUGGAUAGCCAUUMAACCACCACUACUGACUCUUAUUGAAGUAUUUUAUCCCUUUUUUACAAUAGAUGGGUGYAYUGGCAAUUGAGGCUUAAGGYUCAGUAUAGAGGUAUGGAAAAUGCUGAAGAUACCUGUGAUCCAGCUGCAAUAAAUAAUGACUCAACAUCCAACAGUGAUUGUGAUAAGUUAGUUUCCACAUGAAAAACCUGUACAYUUUGAGUACCAAAAAAUUCAAUUUACAAUCGCAUAAAUCAUAUUUAGAAUUUCAAAAAUAUUUAUUGAGUAAUGUUUGGAAUCAGAGUGAAUUUAGUUUGAGGAAAGAAAACAUUUCACUUGGACAUUUUCAAUGUUUAACAAAAUUUAUUAGAAAKGGAAGAAUACCUAAUUUCCAACAUGAUUGUAUUGUAUGAUUGACAAUUUUUAUACUUUUUAAUAACUAGUAACCAUUUCUUCUUUUCUUUUAUUAAUAAAAAAAAAUCUCUUGUCUUUUGAAAUAAAAAUGUUAAAAAAAAAGAGAAACACUAGGAUUAUGAUGGUGGGUUCUAUAUCAAUUAUUAGAUUGGUAAAGGAAAUGAUGUGAUUAAUCCUUAAAUAGUAUUAUUAAAAAGUUCUCUAAAGUCA